CUCAGGUACUGCUGCUUCUUCUUCUUCUUCUUGACUUCUUCCGAUUUUCUACUGAAGAAGAAGAACCCAUCAUUCGAUCCACAUAAAUUUCCUAACUUGCAUUCAUUGUGAACAAACUGAACUUGUAUUGCGCUGUGAAAAAUCACAUUCACAUUCAUAUGUCCCUUUCUCAACCCAAAAUGUCCGUUGCUGAGCUCAAGGAGCGUCACUUAGCUGCCACUGACACACUCAACAAUCUCAAACAACGUUUAAACCACACACGCCGUUCUUUGCUUGAUACUGAUCUUGCUGGGUAUGCGAGGUCUCAGGGUAAGAGUCCUGUGACUUUUGGACCCACCGAUCUGGUUUGCUGUAGAACUUUGCAGGGACAUACAGGAAAGGUGUAUUCAUUAGAUUGGACGUCUGAGAGGAAUCGGAUUGUUAGUGCAUCCCAAGAUGGCCGAUUAAUCGUGUGGAAUGCUCUAACAAGGCAGAAAAUCCAUGCCAUAAAGCUGCCUUGUGCAUGGGUCAUGACAACUGCAUUCUCACCAACUGGUCAGUCGGUUGCAUGUGGUGGUCUUGAUAGUGUUUGCUCUAUUUUCAAUCUGAAUUCCGCCACUGACAAGGAUGGGAAUCUACCUGUUUCCCGGAUGCUUAGCGGACACAAGGGUUACAUUUCAUCUUGUCAAUAUGUUCCAGAUGAAGACACUCACUUAAUUACUGGUUCUGGUGAUCAGACUUGUGUUCUAUGGGAUAUUACAACUGGCCUUAAAACCUCUGUCUUCGGAGGUGAAUUUCAGUCUGGACAUACUGCAGAUGUACUUAGCAUCUCCAUUAACGGCUCCAACUCAAGAAUAUUUGCAUCUGGUUCUUGUGAUGCCACUGCUCGAUUAUGGGAUACUCGUGUGGCAAGUCGAGCUGUUCGGACAUUCCAUGGGCAUGAAGGAGAUGUUAAUUCAGUCAAGUUCUUUCCAGAUGGAAAUAGAUUUGGUACUGGCUCAGAUGAUGGAACAUGCAGAUUGUUUGACAUUCGGACUGGACACCAACUUCAAGUAUAUUGUCAGAAGCACAGUGACAAUGACAUUCCACCCGUGACCUCCAUUGCAUUCUCCAUAUCAGGAAGACUCCUUUUUGCUGGAUACACAAAUGGAGAUUGCUAUGUCUGGGACACUUUGUUGGCAAAGGUGGUGUUGAAUUUAGGGUCUCUUCAAGACUCUCAUGAGGGCAGGAUCAGCUGUUUAGGUCUGGCAGCUGAUGGAAGUGCCUUGUGUACAGGAAGUUGGGACACAAACCUAAAGAUAUGGGCAUUUGGAGGGCAUAGGAGGAUGGUCUGAGCCAUUGAAGGUGCGGCAAAGACUUAUUGAGUUCCCUUGUUAGGUCCAUUGAUAUGAAAGCAUUAUUGGUGGAUGUGAAUGUUCCUGGAGCAUUCAUUAAAUGUUUCAGAAGCGUGCAAGUGUUUCUCCAUUGUAGGAGAAGAAUAGUGUGGAAUGCGAAGGUUAUAACCUUUUUGCAUUGGAACUAGGGCGACUGAUCAUUUUACCCUUGUGUCCAUUUGUCAAUGUGUGUAAACCAUAAUGGACUUUGAUUUCUUGCCUCUCCAAUGUCAAUGUAGCAUGCAAUACUAUGUAGAAUUGUAUAAAAAUAUUAAAAUCAAAUUUGUUGUGCUGACCA